UGUCAUGUUUACGUGGAAACAACAUGGCCGCCGACUGCUAACAAGGAGAGAAUGCGAGCGGACUGGAAGCCGGCGAGGCCCCCACAGACUUGAUCACUUGCGCGUUUAUGCGACUUGUGACUCCCUGUCUGUCUUGUUAAAGCUACGGUGACCAUGGAAGACGAGGAGCGGCAAAAGAAGCUCGAGACCGGCAAAGCAAAGCUGGCUGAGUACCGUCAACGGAAAGCUCACGCAGAUUCCCAGAGGAAGAAGAAGAAGAAAAAGAAGCCAGAAGAGGACUUGCAGGGAAGCGUGGAGCCGGAUCGCUCAGUAUCACCCGCCGCCGAGCUGAGCUUCUCCAAGACGCUACGCAGUGGGGAGACUCUGAAGCAUGACCAGACAUACACCAUAGAGCCCGAGAGUGAAGUGUCGACGACGGCAGAAGAUUAUUCCUCUGAGCAGGUCAACGGCUGCCGUGAGAUGAUGGUCAAUCUCAUGACGUCCUCCUCCGGGGAUUUUAUUUGGGAUGAGGCAAAACGAGAGGCGAUGAAGGGAGGCAGGAUGCAGGAUGUCGAGGAGGCUCUUGCAGCAAAGACCCGAGCAGUGGAGGAGCUGAGUCAGGAGCUUGAGGAAAUUCGGGCCGUAUUUGGAACGGAAGGUGUGCAGAAGCUGCAGGACUUUGUGGCUGCGCUGAAGCAGAGGGACUGCAUCAUCACCCAGCUCACCGCCAACCUCCAGCAAGCUCGCGAGGAGAAAGACGAGAUCAUGAAGGAAUUCUUGGCGCUGACGGAGCAGAGCCAAAAACUGCAGCUUCAGUUCCAACAGCUGCAGGCCGGCGAGACCCUGCGAAACACCAGCCACAGCAGCACGGCUGCUGACCUUCUUCAAGCCAGGCAGCAGCUGGCGCAGUACCAACUGCAGCUGGAGGAGGCCAACAUUGAAGCCGGAAAGAACCGGGAGAAGAGCGACAGGCAGCUGGAGCAAAUCGGUCAACUCCAGCGCAAAAUCAGCGACAUGGAGUUGUCUGGGAGAAGAUCAGAGGAGUCAUUCACACAAAGGCUAAAUGAGAAGGAUGUCCUCAUAGCCGAGAAAGAAAAGGUCAUCGUGAAUCAAGAUCAGUUUCUCGCUGAACUGAGAGCGGCUGAAGAGACUCUCGCCACCACACUGAAGGAGAAGAAUCUGCUGCUAUCCGAGCAGACGGCGUCUCUGAACCUCUUUCAAGAGGAAAUGGCCAUUUUGGGACGGUCGGCAAACAACAUUCAGGCAUCGGAUGAGAAGGACCUGAUUAUAGCAGAGCAGGAGAGAGUCAUUUCCGAGAGGGACUGUUCUCUUGGCCGGCUGGAGGAGGAGCUGGAGUCGUCACGGCAAAGCCUGCGCAGCCUCCAACAACAAGUGGCCGCGAAGGAAUCAGAGCUUGAAAAAUGCCUUGGGGACUUGGAGAACACUAAGCAUGAUUUAGAAAGCAGUAAAAGCAAAGUGGAAAGUUGUAAAUCACACCUGGAGAAGGCACGAGGUGACCUACAAAGCUCUCAAAGUGAGCUCGCCAGCUCCCGGCAGAGGGAACGACUGUCCUCGGAUGAGAUUAAGCAGCUCAUGGGAACAGUGGAGGAUCUGCAAAGGCGCCGUCAUCGGGACAGCCUGUCAGAUGGUGAUGCCAUCCAAAGAAUGCAGGAGGACACUACCCGGAAGCUCGACCUUCUUAGGGCGGAGCUGGACGAGAUGUACGGCCAGCAGAUUGUCCAAAUGAAACAGGAGCUCAACUUGCAGAACGCGGCACAUAUGGAGCAAGCGACGGCGCAGCGUCACGCAGAGAUGGACCGACAUCACACCGAUGUGGAGCUUCUGAAACAACAAAACUCCACCGUCAAAGAGACACUCACUGUGAAGAUUCAUGAGCUUCAAGCGACAUUAGCAGAAUACACAAAUGAAUUCAACCGAGAAAAGUUCAAACUCCAGGCCGAGCUCCAGAACCUCCGCGGCGAUCUCCGUUCUGCGAAGGCCAAAGCUGAGCUCGUGUCCAAUAGUCUCGUCUCGCAGGAGAGUCAACAAGACAAGAUCCGGCACCUUGUGGAGACUGCUGAUGACCUGCGACGCCAGUUGGCUGCCGCUGGGGAGGCGGCACUGGAGGCCGAGGCCCAGCACGAGUCUGAGACGACCAACUACAAGAUCAAGCUGGAGAUGCUGGAGCGGGAGAAGGACGCUGUGCUGGACCGCAUGGCAGAGUCACAGGAGGCCGAGUUGGAGAGAUUGCGAACGGACCUGCUGUUCAGCCACGAGGAGGAGCUCGUGCACCUCCGGGAGGAGCUCCGUCGAGAGGGCUUCCUCAAUGCCGAGAACCUCCUUAACGAAGCUGCCGUCAAACACCAAAAAUCUCUGGAUGACCUGCGCCUCGCCGAUGAAGACCAGCUGCAUUUGUUACAAAAGGAGAAGGCUGGCUUUUCUAACGAGCGAGAGGAGCUCUUGCACCAAAUCCUCGGCCUGAAGGAAGAUCUCAAGCUGGCCUUGCACAGCUCCAAAGCGGACGAGCUUGUGCGGCAGCUGGAGGAACUUCAGGCAGAGCUGGAAGAUCUGCGGAAGGGAGAAGAGCAGCGAGCCAGGCUGGAGAAUGAAAUCCAAACGUUGCUGAAGAAGAAUGAGGUUCUUCAAGAAAAGGACCGAAGCUGGGAGAGAAAAUGGAAGGAGCAGCAGUUGGAAAAUGAUGCGAAAAUGGUUGAAAUGGAAACACUCACCUCCCAGCUGAGAGAGGAGAUUGAAAAGCAACGGACUACAUUCUCCUUUGCUGAGAGGAAUUUCGAAGUCAACUACCAGGAGCUAAAGGAGGAGUACUCCUGCCUUAUUGAGGCUAAGACACAACUAGAGGAGAAGACACUGAAGGAGGCGCUCGUGUUCCAGGCCAAAAUUGCCAGCCUCCAGUCGCACAUUGGCGAGUUGGAGGACGAAAAUGUCAAAAGGCACGUUGAGGCUGUGGAAAAAGACUCGUCCGAACUCGCAGAGAAGUUUCACGUUACACUGAGCGAGAAGGAAAGCCUCACGACGAAACUUUCUCAAGUCACAGAACAACUGGUGGUUGCAGAGAACAAAAUGGGUCAGUUGGAAGAAGAGCUGGAGGAAGUUAAAAGAAAGAGAGGAGAGGACCAUCACUCUCAGAUUCUCUCCCUGCAAAGAGAGGUCGAAGCUCUUCAGUCGCUCCUGAAGGUGGCGGAAGCUGAGAGAGGUGGCGUCUGGCGGACUGUGGAGCCUCACGGGCUCUCCCAGCCCCCUCCAUCCCUGGUCCAGUCCUCAAGGGAGCAGCGCGUCGAACGACGGGUCUCGCUGCAGAAGCCCGCCGCCUCCUCCUCGGGCUCCAACAGGCGCAAGAGGCGUCAGAGGUUGAAGCAGGAGCGCAGAGUGAGUGGCGGCGGCCCCUCCGAAGCUGCCAGGCAAAGGGAGGAGGAGGAGGAGGAGGAGGAAGAAGAAGAAGAAGGCAGAGCUACAAGUGCCGCAGAACGAGAGAUGCAGACUGAGUCCCAGGUUCGCGGCGAUGAAGCUGAUGGCUGCCAGCGAGACCGGACCAUCAAACAGGUAGAUGGCGAGUGCAAGCUUCAGAUGGAGGCGCACCGCAUCAGCCUGACUCACAUCCACGCCGCCCACCUGGAGCUGCUGCAAGAAGAGGCGGAUAACCAGAAGAAUGCCGGUGACCAAGAUUCGGACGAACUCCAAAGGCUGAAGGUGGAGGCGUUGGAGAAACAGCGUCAGCUGGAGGAGAGUCACCGGCUGGAGGUGGAGCACCUCCAAACUCACGAACAGAAGAGCUUCAGCGAGACCGAGGAGGGCUGCGCCGCCGAGCUCAUUAUGCUACGGCGGCAACUGCGGGAGCUCAUGGGCUCGCAGGCGCAGGACAGUUGCCCACAGUCCAGCCAAGAGCGCAUUGAGGAGCACCCCGAGGAGCUAAAGGAUCUUACUGAGGAGCAGCUGUCCCAGUGGGUGUCUGGCUCCUGCUCGGGCUUGAGCGCCAAGCUGCAAGCGCUGAGAAGGGCGCUGUACAACGAGUACGUCCAAGAAGUGGCCGCGCUCGAGGAGCAGCACCGUGUCGAGCUGACCAGGCUGCGGCAACAACUGGAGAGGGAGCGGAAGGGAGAGCGACGGGAUAGUAACCACGUCGCCGGAGGAGCCGCGAGCUCCUCGGAGACCGCCAGUGUUGCCGGGCAGGGCGAGCUGCAAGUGAAGCUCAGUGUGGAGGAAGAGGUCGCUAGGGCCAUCGUCCAAAUGUCGGUGGAAUACGCACAGCAGACAGAGUUGGCCCGGAUCAACAAGCUCGUCUGCCAGACCAGCACUGCCAUGCAGACCCAGUCGGACGGCGAGGAGGCUGUAGAGGAGAAUGCGGCGGUUUCUGUGGGCGCCUGGUUGGAGGAGGAGAGGGAUCACCUGGAGACGGAGCUGCAGGACAGGAAAACUGAGAUACAGAAGCUCCGGGAGAAGCUACGGCGAGCCGAAUCGGGAGCAGAGGUGAAGCCGCUGCAGACGAAAGAUGAUGGUGAAGAAAAAGUUGAGGAAGACGGUGCUGACUCCAUUGACAAGGACAACGAAAGAACUGUCCUGCACAGAGCCAACGAGAGGCUCAGUCGGGUGUUGGCCGACGUCCUGAAGACCACGGCGGCGGCAGAAGAAACAAUGGGCCUUCACAUGCAAAGUCUGCAGGUGGAUGCUUCUUCCAGCACAGGGCUGCAGGCUGCACCGCCCUCUACACCGCAUGUCGCAGGUCCAUCUGGCAAGAGUUCCCCAGACGACAGCCUUCUCCUGGGGGAGAACGAGGAGCAUCUGAUGGGCAUCAGUGGUCGACUCCAGACAGCCCUGGAGAACAUGCUGAUGGUUAUCACUGACACCACCAACCAGUUGGAACAUGCCCGCAUCACCCAGACGGAGCUCAUGCGGGAGUCCUUCCGCCACAACCAGGAAAUUAGCGAGCUCCUGCAGAAGCAGGAGGAGCUGCAGGAGCGCCUGGCUGAGGAGGCUCGGGCUCGCGAGCAGCUCGCCCUAGAGCUACACCGGGCUGAGGGUCUGAUUGACGGCUACACAGGUGAACGAGCUGCCCUGGAGGAGCAGUUACGUCAGAAGGAGGAGCUCCAGCUCAACCUGGAGCAGGAGCUGCAGGUUACAGGCAGUCGACUGCAAGAGCUGGAGCAGGAGCGGCUUCAAAUGCAGGAGGAGCGUGAGCUGGUGUCCCGGCAACAAGACGCCAUGCGAGAAAACGCUGGACCUCGUGAGCUUUGCCUAGUUGAAGCUGCAAUGGUUGCAGCACCUGAAGCAGAUCUGUUGGAAGAGACGGAGAAGCUGAUGAAGGAGAAGGUGGAGGUGCAGCGCCAGGCAGAGAAGGAGAGCGCCGACCUGCUGAAACAGAUGAAGGCCCUGGAGGCGGAGCUAGAGGAGCAAGUCAACCGAGUGAUCGAGCUGGAGACCGCCUGCAAGGUGGAGACCGGGGACCUCCAGCAGCAGAUCCAGGCUCUGGAGAAGCAGCUGGACAAGAACAGGCGGUUCCUUGACGAGCAAGCCGUGGACCGGGAGCACGAGCGCGACGUCUUCCAACACGAGAUCCACCUCCUGGAGCAGCAGCUAAAGAACCAACAGAAACUUCCCAGUGGCUCGGAGCAAAGAAGCCAACAGGUGGAGCUGCUGAGCUCCCAGUUGAAGGAGAAGGCAGACUGGUGCAGCGAGCUGCUGCUGGGCUCCGAGCAGCUGCGUCGCGACCUAGCAGAUCGUGACCAGGAGAUUGACAAGCUGGAGAGCCGCAUCCGUGAGCUGGAGCAGGCCCUGCUGGCCAGCGCAGAGUCCCUGGAGAAGGACGAACAAAAGACGCGUCAUGCAUCCGUCACGGAGACGACACACUCCACACUGGAGGCUCAGUUGCAGACCGAAAGAGAAGCGUUGGAGCGGAAAGAGAAGGAGAUCUCUCACCUGGAGGAGCAGCUGGAGCAGUUCCGGGAGGAGCUGGAGAACAAGAGCGAGGAGGUGCAGCAGCUUCACAUGCAGCUGGAGAUCCAGCGCAAGGAGAUCAGCAGCCAGCAGCAGUUCCUGGAAACCAGAGAGAGCAUGCUCCAGGUGAUGGAGGAGAAGGACAGGGCAAUAGCACUUCUUAAUGAACAGAACACUAAGCUCCAGCACAUGGAGAAAACGUCUGGCAACAAGGGAAUAGAUGAGCGGGAUGCGCUGAUAAAUGACCUAGAGUCGCAGGUGGAGUGCCUGCGCAGUGAGCAGGAACGUCUCAAGCGGAAGAGCGAGGAGGAGGUUGAGCAGUUGAACGCCGUCAUCGAGAAACUCCAGCAGGAGCUGGACCACAUGGAAUGCAAGGAGGACAGUGAGCCUCGCGCGGUUAAGCAGUACGAAUUUGACGAGAUGAAGCAGAGGAUGGACUUGGUCUCCGGAGAGUUCCGCGCUCUCAAAGUGGAGGACGGCGAGUUGCUAGAAACGCACCGGCGUUUGAAGGAACGCGGCGAGAACUCUGAGGACCUCGUGGAGACCCUGAGGGAGAAAACCGCUGGCCUUUUGGUGGCGCAGGCACAAAUGCAAGCUCUGGAGAAGAGCGCCGCGUCCAGCAUAGCUGAACUCAGUCUACGCAUCCGGGAGCUGGAGGACUCGGCAGGCGAGAAAGACGCCGAGCUGAGCCGCUGUCGAAAUUACGCCGAUGAGCUCCAGUGGAAAGUGUCCACCCUGGAGGAGCAUUUAAGAGAGAAGGUGGCCGCGGCGUUGGUCAGCCAGGCCACCCUGGAUGCUCUUCAACACCAGGCCUCCAAAGACCAUUCGGGUGACAAGGUGGGCCACCUGAGCCAGAAGAUUGGCGAACUGGAGGCCAGUUUAAGUUGCAUCGAGAAGAACCACAAACUCCGUAAGCAGCUGCUCUCCCACUCGAAGGAGGAGAUGGUGCAGUACGAGAGGAGGAUGGCAGCGCUCUUGGAUCUGCUGAGACAGAUGAUGGCCGGGAAGAUUCCCAGAAUGUCGGCAGCUCUGAAGGCCUCAGCCGGCGAUCAAGAACCUGCGUUGGAGCUUCAACAGGCCCGAGAUGAAGCCUUGGCCGCCAAAAAGCAGCUGGACCACCACAUGGAGCAAUGUGGCCAUCUCCAGGAAGAACUCAAAGACAAAACCGAAACAAUAGAAAGACUUAAGAAGCAGCUUGAGAAGGUAUCUUCUGGAGGAGACGAGGAGACACAUGCAAUGCGAGGAGAGCUGACCAAAACCCAGAUGGAGGCGGCACUAGCCAAAGAGGAGCUUAAUGGCUGCAAGGAGAACUUGGAGAAGCUGCAGGAGCUGCUCCAGGAGCGGGAACUGACCAUUGCUCAACUUAAGGGAGCUCGUUUACAAGUGAAAGCCGAAGAGGACAAAGCAGACAGGACAAACCUUCUCAAGGAGCUGCAUGAGGUCCAAAGCCACGUGGGCUACACCAAAGACGAAUUAGAAAGUUACAAAUCCCACAAUGAGAAGCUUCAGGAGGACAUUCAACUGCGUGAGGUCUCUAUUUCUAAACUCAAAGAAGAGCUCCUGGAUGCCCAAACGAACGUGGAUACCACAAAAGAAGAACUCAACAGUUACAAAUCCCACAAUGAGAAGCUGCAGGAAGAUAUCCAGCUCCGCGAAGCUUCCAUUUUGAGGCUAAAAGAUGAGCUCCAGGAGGCCCAAAAGUACCUGGGCACCACCAAAGAACUCGACAGUUACAAAGCCCACAAUGAGAAACUCCAGGAGGACAUUCAAGUGGACGAAAUGUCUAUUAGCCGACUAGAAGAGGAACUCCAGGAGGUCCAAAAGAACAUGGACACCACCAAAGAAGAACUGAACAGUUACAAAUCCCACAAUGAGAAGCUUCAGGAGGACGUUCAAGUACGCGAGCUCUCUAUUUCUAAACUCAAAGAGGAGCUCCGCGAGGGCCAAAAUAACGUGGCGUUCACCCAAGAACUAACACGUUACAAAUCCCGCAACGAGAAGCUUCAGGAGGACAUUGAAGGGCGCGAGGUCUCUAUUUCUAAACUCAAAGAGGAGCUCCAAGAAGUCCAAAAGAACAUGGACUCCGUCACAGAGGAACUUAAUGGUUACAAAUCCCACAAUGAGAAGCUUCAGGAGGACAUUCAAGUACGUGAAAUGUCUCUUAGUCGACUUGAAAAGGCGCUUCAAGAGGUUCAAAAAAGCAUGGACACCACCACAGAAGAACUCAACAGUUACAAAUCCCACAAUGAGAAGCUCCAGGAGGAGAUCCAGCUCCGUGAAGUCACCAUUUUGAAGCUCAAAGAGGAACUCCAAGAGGUCCAGAAGAUUGUAAACUCCACCCAAGAACUGAGAAGUUCCAAAUCCCACAAUGAAGAGAUCCAGCUUCGCGAGCUCUCCAUUUUGAAGAUGAAAGAGGAGCUCCAGGAAGUGAAGAAGAUUGCCGAAACCACCAAAGAAGAACUGAGAAGUUCCAAAUCCCACAAUGAGAAUCUCCAGGAGGACAUCCAGUUCCACAUGGUCUCCAUUUCAAAGCUUCAAGACGAGCUACGGGAAGCACGAGCUGCCCUGAUGAAGGCGGCCGACUCGGCCUCCACGUCCCCUUCUCCCGCUCCGUCCCCUCAGCUUUCCUCGUCCACCUUCCAACCCAAGAGGAAAGCGAGCAGCAAACAGCCCCUCGCCAAAGGCAGCAAAGAGAAGACCUCCCUUUCCAGGAAGAGCGCUGCGCCCUCCAGGAGUACCGAGCCAGCCGCAUCAGACGCCUCCACGCAGAAGGCCGCCAACAAGGAGCUGGAGGAGGUGAUGGGGGAGUUCCGGGAGAAGGUGGUCCAGAUGCAGGAGCUGCACGCGGCCGAGAUCCUGGACAUGGAGGCGCGGCAUAUCUCGGAGAGCGACGCGCUGCGCCGCGAUGCGCACAACCUGGAGGACGAGUGCAAGGCGCUCAAGGCCGUCAUUGACCAACUGCGCGCCACAGAGGUGCCCUUUUCGAGAAAAGAUCGGACCCUGGCACAGUUCAAAGAUGGCUACACGAGUGACAGCAGCUCGGACUACAGCCAGAGAACCGGAUAUGAUCUGCCUGCUGGACUUCAGCAGGAGUUCCGAGUGACACCCGAAGGUGCCAGAAGAGAGCCCGACGAUCCAGUAUUACCUGAUAGGAUCAAGUCGUUGCUGCGUGAGGUGCACCAGGAGGGUAUGCACGUCCUCUCACUGUCGGAGCUUCCUGUUUCCGAAAACGAUCCCGGCUGCCAUUUGAACCUGCAAGUCUGGCUGAAGGAGAGAGACUCCCUGCUGGCUACUGUGGAGUCCCUCAAAGGCCUCAUCACUCAUAUGCAGACCGCACAGGUGUCAGGAGACUCUGCAGACUGGCGUGCGGAGCUCUCGGAAGCGGUGCGCCAGGUGUUUGUGAGGGAGCGCAGCGUGCUCAAGAGCGUCCUCUACAGCCACUUGGAGCUGGUGGACACCAGUGACGCCGUCAUUCACUUCAAUCAGCUGGAGCGAAGGCUGGCUGAGCAGGAUGCUCAACACAGAGAGGCGAUGGGUUCCCUUAAUGCCGCAGACCGGUCCAGUCUCAUCUCGGAGAUCCAUCAACUCCGAGGUCAGCUGGAGUGCCUCCAUCAAGGUGCACGACCCGCUGCCAUAUUGAGUAUGACGGAACAGCUGGGAGGAGGUGACACCGACGGAGCCCCCCAGGCCAACAGGCUGCUGCUGGAAGAGCUCAAAGGAGAAUUGUCCCAGACCAAACUAGAGCUGGAGACCACGCUCAUAUCGCAGCACAAGCACCUCAAAGAACUGGAUGCUCUCAGGGCCGAGGUAUCGCAGAAGGCCUCGGAAGUGGACGCGCUGAAUGUGCAGCUGUUGGAGGAGAGCCGCAGAGGCCGCGAACUUCAGUGGACCUUGGAGAAGGAGAGGUGUCGCGCAGGGAGGACCGAGGAGAGUGCUCGAGAACAACUGGAGGACUUGAACCUGACUUUGGAGGAGCAAAAGAGCCAAGCGGAGCAGCUGACGUCCACCUUGAACCAGGAGCGCCAGGCCUCUUCCCGCCUCUGCCAGCAGGCCGAAAGGGAGAAGCUGAGCCUCCACAGGCGCCUCCGGGAGCUCCAGGUGCAGCUGGAGACAGAGCGAGCCAAGGCCCAGGAGAUGAGCUCAGCGCUGGGCACGGAGAGGGAGUUGCGGGUUGGCUCAGGCCCGGCGAGCCAGGAGGAGAACCUUCUGGAAGGACUGCACAGGGAGCUGGAUGACAAACAGGCACAGGUGGUGCAUCUCCUCAGCCAAAUGGAGGCUGAGAAGCUAGAGGUGCUGAGAAAGGAUGAGGAGCUUACCCUGGCGGGCCUCAAGUCCAGGCACAAUCUCGAGGCUCUGCUGGAGGCGCGGGCCCAGCUGGAGAGCCUGGAAGCGCAGCUGUUGGAGACGCGGGGGCAGCUGGAAAGCGAGGAGGCGAGGCGGAAGACCCUGGAGGAGGACAAAGAGCGAUUGGAGGAGAGGUUGGGUCGAGAAGGCGAGGCUGGGCGGGGGACGCCGUCCGCGCCCCGCCACCACCACCACCGGGGGCUUUGGCGCACCGCGGAUACUAUCUUGGGUAAACUGCACCUCGUUGCUUCCAAUAUUCGUGGAAUGGUGAGCAAGACAACUACGGAGAUCACCAGCGAGGAGAUGUCGCUCCUCCAGUCCAGUGUUGAUGAUGUCAUCAGCAUGCUGCAGCAAUCUCCAGCUCUCCCCGCCAUCCCUGAGAGUGCCGCCCUGUUGGCGGCAGCCUCCUCAUCGGGCUCCUCCCUGACCGAGCGUCUGCUCCGGCAGAAUGCCGAGCUGACGGGUUUCGUGGGCCGCCUGACGGAGGAGAAGAACGACCUGAGGAACCACUCGCUGCGCCUGGAAGAAGAACUUCGCUGCUACCGGCACGCGGGUGACACUUCCAGCGGCAGGAGAGGUGUGUCCAGUCUGGACGCGCCCGACGUGCUGCUGCUCUCUCAGGAGAAGGAGGCCUUGAGUCGGGAGAAGAUCCGCUUGGAGAAAGCUUUACAUCAGGCCCUCGCUCAGGUGGCGCGGCUCAGAGGAGAGAUCAGGACUGACACGCUGAGGGAGAUUACCGGACCUGAGGCAGACAACGCUGCGCUCAAGAGGAUGUACGGCAGGUACCUGCGCUCGGAGAGCUUCCGCAAGGCUCUGAUUUACCAGAAGAAGUACCUGCUGCUGCUACUGGGCGGCUUCCAGGAGUGCGAGGAAGCCACGCUGGCCCUGCUUGUCAGGAUGGGUAGUCGGCCCUUGGAGGGGCUAGGCGGCGGCCUGCGGGGGCAGCGCGGGAGGGGGCUCACGCGCUUCCGCUCGGCCGUGCGCGUCUCCAUUGCCCUCUCCAGAAUGCGUUUCCUGGUCAAGCGCUGGCACAAAACAACGGGCUUGAGCAACAGCUCCCAGAAAAGCGAAAGCACGCAGAUGGGCACUGGUGGUAGAGAUUACCUCCACCUGGGUGUGGACGUGUACCGGGACCGAGGCAGCGGCUCGACCAGGGGAUGCAGUGGGCGGGAAUCCCCCAGAUCGCCCAUCUCCUCCGCACAGCACAGGUUUCACGCAGCCGGAGACCCCGGGCUGCUCACGUGCGCACACCUGCAGAGCUACGACCCCGACCGGGCCCUCACCGACUACAUCUCCAGACUGGAGGCCCUGCAGAGGAGGCUGGGGAGCGUCACGUCAGGUACUUCUUCUUCGCUCGCUCCGCUGCACUUUGGCUUGAGAAGAUAAGAAGACGAAUCGACAAGUUGCCUUUUUUGAUGCAAACUGUUCUCGUUCUACAUGGACCAAAAAACACUUUUUCUUUGGUGUGUGACACAUGUGCGUCUCGUCUCUUUGUCUCCACUUGGAGGACAUGUAAUUUAAUUAAACAACAAAUGGUGUACAUUUUGUUCAUGGAUAAUUUAAAAGGCUCUUUGAGAUUAAUUUAUGUUUGUCUGGCUGUUGGUUGGCAAGCAAGGGGCUUAACUGGAUUCUUCGACUUUUGUUUUGUUUUGUUUCAAGACCCGAAGACAUUUGUAGAGAGCGUAUUUUUAUAGAAGCUUUUCUGGCUAUUUUGUCAAAAACUGAAAUAAAGGAGAAGAUUUGAA